UAUGACGUCACGUUAGCGGGAGGUCCAAAAAGGAAUUAGAAAAACUGAGCGUUUACUGGUAGUUGACUGUUACUUAUUGUUAGUUUACAGUAAGUGACAGCAAAAAUAUUUUAUAUUUACAGGAUCGAAUUGCAUGCAGGAGUUACAUUCGGUACAAAGUUUGCUAUACUCUUGAUUUGCGAGCAAAUACUUUGUCAGUCUGGGAUGUGUAGCGGUAAACGUAGCAGUCAGCGGCUAACUAGUUAAGGAAAACCCAGGUAACCCUAGUGUGCCUCGCGGCAGGUUACCCUGGCUAACCAGACACCGGGCUGGUCAUUACCAGGAGAUUUCAGGGUUUGCUCCCGCGGCGCGUUGGGGUAUAAACCCGCCCGGCCAGCCAUGGCCGCAGUCUCCUUCAUGGUCCUUUUGGAGGACGACGCCUUGGAGGUGGGCUACAGCAAUGGCUCCCGUUUACAGCUGUCCCCGUGCGGCUCCGAGUUCGUGCUGGAGGAAAGGCCGCCGGCCUCGGCGCACCCAUUGCAGACGCCUCGCAGGCUCCGCCGGAGGACGCGCUUUGUUACCAGCGCUCACAAAGAAUUGUUGGUUCAAGCUCUGGAUUUCAGGAACAGGUUUGCCACGCGUCCGUACCUACCAGAGGAGCUUCUUCCCAUGGAGCGAAGAAAGGUCUCCUUCACCGACAUCUCAGAAGUAGAAUGGCCAUCAUUUUCAGAAUACUCUUCCUGUGACAGAAGUCUCGGCCCCAGCCGGGAAUUUGUAAUCUCCUCACUGGAUGGGAAUGCGCGGCUGCAGCUGUCGCCUUGGGGGGAGGAGUUUUCUGUGGUGUUCCUCUGCAGGGUUAGUCAGGACGAGCCUCGGAAGGCCAGUGGUGACUGUCCAGGUAGCCGUCCAGCCAGCCAGUGUGGCAAGAACAAGGGGAAGUGUUGGGAAAGCCUGUCAGACCUCCGUAAGAGAGCACCCAGAGUGAGCGGGGAGCGGGGUGAAGCCCUGCCUGGGUCUCGGGGCCGUCCCAGCAGCCCCUCCACAGAGCCCCCCACUGCUCACCCAGGAAGGACGUAUCUCUGCACCUGGGUGACACAGCAGCACUCCUGCUCCUUCCCGCCGCUGCUGUGGCACCACCCGCUGUCCGUUGCCAUCCAGCUCCGGACUGCCACAAUGGGGGAGGGGCUCUUACGUGGCGAAACGACGUCAGGAAUGGAGAAGGGCAGCCUUCCCCAGGCCCUGCCUCUGCGAUGCUUCUCUCCACACCAGCACAGGUGGUGGUGCAGGGACUCUACAGGAGCACAGGGGGCGCUAGAGUAUGGUACACAUGACAAGCUGCUGAAGGUUAUGUGGAUCCAAGGUGUGCUCUAUCGGGUCACUAACUCAGCAGUGACCAUGAUAGAGGUCUUUCCUGGUGACGGUUCAGUCAUCCGCUCCAGCUCCACCCUGCCGGAAUACUUCACCCAUCACACCGUUGGACGCGAAGGCCAGGGCGCAGAGAAGACGUACCUCCUGAGCAGCCUCCCGCCUGACGUUGCGGGGCAGCUGUACUCGAUGAGGUCGCUGGUGGCUCGUGCAGGAAGGAUUAUGAAGUGUUACAACGAGACCAAGUUCUCCCUGAAUCUUCCCCCGUCCCACUGCUGCUGGCAGGAGGAGAGCAGCCGUUCAGAAGCCUCUGUAGUGACCCUGGACCCUCAUGCUCUCAGUCUUGGAUGUCCAGGCCGUCAGGGACUGUUUCAGUCCCAUCUGUCAGAGCAGAGCUGGUCUGCAGAGGCAGAACUGGCGAAGAUCAGAAGGUUUAAUUACUUGCUGGAUCACAGCGGGAUUCUGAGGUCCGCUGGUGUCUCCUCCGGGUCUGGAGGGCCGGGCAACAGUCAGCCGGAGUUCCUCGGCAUCCCUGCCACGACCCACGAGGAGAUGAGUAGGGAGAGCAUCACAGCGUCGCUGCGGCGCACCUCAGACAUCAUCCGCGACAUUGAGGCUUUUCUGUCAGAUGGUGUGACGUGUGACGGAGCAGUGUGAAGGGGGCCGCCCUCCCGCAACCCUGCCAGCCGGCAGCACCCCCGUGCAUUGCCAGUUUAUUUGUUUAUUUAUUUCCCACCCAUGUGACUCACCACCAGAUGAAAAUAAGGAAGGAAACCUAUGACUUUCAUAGGUAUUUCAUUACUUAAUACCAGUCAGCAACACCUUCAGAAAUAUUCACAUGGGAAGAUUUCUGUUCUUUUUCUCAGUUUGCUGCCUAUCUUGACAAUUUCCUGGUUCAAAUGUAUAUACCAGCACACUUAUGGGCUAUAUUGUACAGCAUCCUGUGUGAAAGUCUAUUAUAAGUAGUUUCGCUGCUAGCGUGAACUUCCCCAUCAGAAGCGAACGAGCGAAAAGGCUAUAGAAUAAAAUCUUCUCAAAAGA